GAAAUUCAAGAUGUCAGCCCCCGUGAAAAUGAAAUCUGAACAAAGUUUAGAAAAUAACAAACCAUUACCAGUUGCAGAUCGUAAAUUUUAUCAAAUACCAAAUACAGAGAAUCAAAAUAGUAGUUAUAAGAGUAAUAAUUCAAAACCAGAUGUUGGAGGAAAAUCAUUAUUUGAUUUUAUAGAGAAAAAUGUCGUUGGAAAGGACAAGAUUUUUUCUGGACCGUUUGGUUCAAGGAAAGUGGUUUAUUGUGACUAUACAGCUUCAGGAAGAUCACUGGGGUUUAUAGAGGACUACAUACGAGAUGAAGUGUUACCUGACUAUGGCAACACACACACCACAACCUCAGUGACAUCACUACAGACAACAUUGUUCCGGCACGAAGCGAGAGACAUUAUAAGGAAUGCAGUGAAUGCGAGUGAGCACGAUGCGGUGAUCUUCACAGGGAGUGGGUGCACUGGAGCAGUCCAUAAGUUGAUACAUGCAUUGAAUUUUAGCCAUCCUCCAACCGUGUUUGUUGGACCUUAUGAACAUCAUUCAAAUCUGUUACCAUGGAAAGAAAUAGGCGCAGAGGUGGUGAGAGUAAGGGAGACAAGAGAAGGUUUAGUUGACUCUACACAUCUUGAAUUUGAACUACAGAGGGCAGCAAAUACAAAGAAGCAGCUGAUUGGCUGCUUUUCAGCUGCAUCAAAUAUAACUGGGAUUCUGGUUGCCAUUGACGAUAUCACUAAACUGCUGCAUCGCUAUGGCGCAUUUGCAUUCUGGGAUUACGCAACUGCUGGACCCUACGUUAAGAUUGACAUGAAUCCUGUGUCAACAAGUGGUGACCAGGCCCUAGCCUACAAGGACGCCAUCUUUCUGUCAACUCACAAGUUCAUAGGGGGAGUCAGCACCCCUGGAAUACUUGUAGCCAAGAAAUCUCUUUUCCAGAACCCUGUACCCUCAGCCUGUGGGGGAGGAUCUGUCUUCUUUGUGCGUCGUGAGGCCCAUAGGUAUCUCCAAGAGGCAGAAAUGCGGGAAGAAGGAGGUACGCCACCUAUUGUUGAGUCUAUAAGGGCAGGACUCGUCUUCCAGUUAAAGCAAGCAGUGUCCCCAGAGGUCAUUCUUGAGAGGGAGCAUGAAUUAUGCAGGUUAGCAAUAGAGCAUUGGAAAGAUGUACCAAAUCUGAUCAUUCUGGGUCCAACAGAUGUUCCCCGUCUGCCAAUAUUCUCCAUUAUGAUCCAAGACAAACGGACGGGUCUAUUCUUACAUCAUAACUUUAUAUGUGCUGUUUUGAAUGAUGUCUUUAUAUGUGUUGUCUUGAAUGAUGUGUUUGGAAUCCAAGCCAGGGGAGGCUGUGCAUGUGCAGGACCAUAUGCCCAGGAUGUUAUGGGGAUAGACGAACAGACAGCAAAGGAGAUUGAAGAGCUACUUGUAGAAGAUAGUCGUUUAGAUAGAACCCAUCUUCGCAGAUAUAGAGAAUAUUCAGAGAAAGAAAUAUUAAGGCCUGGUUUUGCCAGAUUGAAUCUCCCUUACUUUAUGUCAGAUUGUGAUGUCAUGUUUAUACUCAAUGCUGUGAAGCUGGUUGCUGAGCAUAGUUGGAAACUUCUUCCUCAGUAUAUUUUCAACCCAGAGACGGGUGAGUGGAGGCAACAGCGACAUCAAGUGUUCAAAGAUCGUAAAUGGCUUGGCUACAUAUCAUACAACAGUGGUGAAAUGAAGUAUAUGGACCCACCAACAAAUGAGAAAGGUCCCCUGCCCUCAAAUAAUGAUGAGUGCCUUCAGAAAGCUCAGGAACUUUUCAAAAAAGCUGAAAAGAUGCGGUACAACAUGGCUGACCAAACAUUGUUAUUUGAUGAAGCAACUCAGAAACUGCGCUGGUUUUUGUUGCCUAGUGAAGCCCAACAGUUGCUAAGCAACACACUCCCUAGCAACAAACAAUAUCACAUCCCAUUCACUCCUCCAACGUAUCCAUUAGAUAUUCCACCAUUUAGUGAAGCUUUUAAACAAAAUGGUGGACAAUAUGAAAAUGAGGCUUAUAUUGAAGUCACUUUAGGCAAACAUACUGAAACAGAAGACAGUAACUUUUCUGUUACAUUCAUGGAAGGAAUGGAAAAGCAUGAUAACUCAGGGUUUCUACGUGAAGAUGAUCUAUUAAAUAAUGCUUCAAACAAUGAUCAAACUGAAUCUGAAACUAUGUGCAAUGAUGAAAAGGGGAACAUCCGUGAGACAGAUGUCAAACUUGAUACUGACAUUGUCACCUCAGAUACAACUGCAGUUUUACAUUCCAAAUAUGGUCAUGUGGCACAUGAAUUGGGUUCAAACAAUGUAGAAAGACUCGAAAGGGAUUCUCAAGCUCAAACCCCAAUUCCAAUGCAGAAAAUCCCAACUGCAAUGACCGAAACUCCAAGUGCAAUAAUUUCAUCGACAACUACCAUACACCAAACUUCAAAUGUUAAAAGUUCUGUGACUGACACUGAUGUUGUGCCAAAACUUGAAAAUGAUAUUGGGUCUCCUUUGACUGAAAAUCAAGAUACCACUAACAGUCAACCCGAUUCUAGUCAUGGCACAACAAAAACUCACGAGAGUGUUAACGGUGACGACACAAGAGAAGACUCCAAUUCUAGGACUCUUGUGAAUGGUACAGUUGGACCAAAUAACCCAAAUGAUACUGAGGACAAAGCAAGCAAAAAUGUUAAUGAUGAGAAACCUGCCCCUGGGAAGAAACAUAAAUGGUUCCCUCCUCCAAAGAAGAUAUUCAAGCCUACUAAGGAGGCAUUAGAGGAAUUUGGAAUGAUUCAAGAUGGCGACCGUCUGUUAGUCUGUCUAUCUGGUGGGAAAGAUUCCCUUUCAUUACUACACACAAUACACCAAUAUCAGUUCUACGCUAAGCAGAAGGGAAUAAACUUUGAGUUUGGUGCAGUAACUGUUGAUCCUGAGACACCAUCUUACGACCCCAGUCCACUGAAGUCUUACCUCGCAUCCCUAGGAGUGCCGUACUUCUACGAGUCUCAAUGUAUAAUGGACAGUGCUAUGUCACUACCAUAUGAAUGUGCCUCCAUAUGCAGUUUUUGUAGCCGUAUGAAGAGAGGGAGAAUCUAUGCCGCUGCCAGGAGAGAAGGUUACAAUGUGCUCGCACUGGGUCAGCAUUUAGAUGAUUUGGCAGAAAGUUUUCUGAUGUCCGUGUUCCAUAAUGGAACCUUAAGAACAAUGAAAGCCAGCUACACAGUGAAGGAGGGUGACUUGAGAGUUAUCCGACCAUUUGUUUAUGUUCGGGAGAAAGAUCUGCGUGACUUUGCUGAACAGAAGAAACUUCCUGUGAUAGCGGAGAAUUGCCCUGCUUGCUUUGAAGCCCCAAAGGAGAGACAUCGUACAAAGCAACUGUUAGCCUCUCAGGAGGUACUCUUCCCAAAUCUCUAUAGCAGUAUACAGUCAGCCAUACAUCCUCUUAUUGGCAUUAAUAGGACAGGGGUCAAUCUAAGGUCGCUGCUGAAGAAUGGAAAAUUGGAUGUAGAAGAUGAAGAUGAAGAAAACAAAAAUGGUGUUUUACUAUAGCAACCAUUUUAAAACGCACACCAACUGACAAUAUGUUCGCUAGUUACCUCAUAAAAUAGACUAAUAAUUUUAUGACACCGCUAGUUGAAAUAUUUUCAGGUGAAUACAGGCUUUUACUUAUUAUAGUAAAACCUCACUUCGGCUGUAGCCAUUGAAUGGAAUGUUACUAUAGCAACCGUCAGUUGGAAUGGGAAGUUACAUCAAUAUAAAUAUUUAUUUAUCAUAUUAUUACGUUUCAUUUAUACAUCAUAUAUUAUUGUUAUAGCCGAAUUGAUCGUGUAAUUAUGGCAAAUAACUCUAAUUUACGAUGCUGUAACAGCCCUUUCAUUUAUACAACAAUAAAUCAGAAAUAACGAUUCAAAAGAAAA